AAUGUCACAAUACGGAUUACGGAUCGUAAUUAUUUUUGUCAAUGCAGGGAGCUGUCUGUCAAAGUCGGAACAUCGCUAAUCCGGGAAUGGUCAUAUUAUUCAUCAUUUAAAAUUUUGAGUAGCAAGAAAGCACAGUUUUAUUGAUUAAUUGUACAAUAUCAUCAACAUGGAGGACGUUUUGGACGAGACCGUCUCCUCGGAAGAUUUGCAAAAGUUCGAGAAAGUGUUUCACGAGCAGUUACAUAGCGGCAAUGUGACGCACAAAGCGCAGUUCGAGUACGCGUGGUGCCUCGUCAGGAGCAAAUACCCAACCGACAUAAGAAAGGGUAUAUUACUCCUGAAAGAACUCUUCAAUUCGCACGCAGAGGGGAAGCGUGACUACCUGUUCUACCUUGCCAUCGGCAAUGCUAGGAUCAAGGAGUACAACAAGGCGCUGCAUUAUGUUAAGUCAUUCCUGGAGAUCGAGCCUGCUAACCAACAGGUUUUGGCGUUGGAGCGUCAGAUCAACAAGCGCAUGGAGAAGGAGGGGCUGAUCGGCAUGGCGGUGGCGGGCGGCGCGGUGCUGGCGCUCGGCGGCAUCGUGGGCCUCGGGAUCGCUCUCGCCUCGAGCAAGAAAUAGCAUUUGGCCUUCUUAAUGAACGCGUUGCUGGGCGUUCAUUAUCUAUGGAAGCGUAAAGAGAUCAAGAAGGAGUAGGCGCCAGCUGGUUUAUAUCAUCACCUAUGUGUAACACUUGUGUACAGAAUCAAAGGCACCAUUGGCUUCGUUCACAGACCUAUAAAACUAUAGACGUCACAUGUACUAACGACGUUUUGAAUGAAUGAUCCCAAACUUCGAUCGGAUCCCGAGAGUAAAUCCAUGAAAAUAAGUCAUUUGUAAAAA